UUCGUCAUGAUCUUCACUUCCUGAGCCCCACCCCACCUCUCUCUCUCGCUCUCUCUCUCUCGGACCCCGAUCGUGUUGUGUUAGUGUAUUAGUCAGUAAACAGUAAGAUGAGUAAAACAGAGGAGAACUCGUCAGUAAAAAGCGGAGAUGAGGAACAGGACUGGGAAGCGGCCAAAGUCUUCUUCAACAACCUGAAGAGUAAGAAGCCCAGACCUCCGAAGCCGAGCACUGCAAUUACGAUCGCCGUUUCGUCUCGGACUUUGUUCAACAUGGUGGAGGAGAGGAAGAUCUACGAGCAGGAAGGACUGGAGAAGUACGUCAACUACAACCAACAAAACGAGAACCAACCACUCAAACCCGGAGCUGCCUUCCCCUUUGUCAAGGCGUUGAUGACGGUGAACGCUCGUCUCAGGGAGCUGUACCCCGACAGUGAGGAGCUGUUUGAUAUCGUGUUAAUGACUAAUAACCACGCCCAGGUGGGGGUGCGGCUAAUCAACACCAUCAAUCACUACGACCUGCUGAUUGAGAGGUUUUGCAUGACGGGCGGUAAGAGUCCAGUCGGUUACCUGAAGGCAUACAUGACAAACCUGUAUCUGUCUAAAGACUCGGAGAAAGUGAAGGAGGCCAUCGAGGAGGGCAUCGCAGCAGCCACGCUGUUUACUCCGGAUAAGAAGAUCGAGUUGAGUGAAUCUCAGCUCAGAGUAGCGUUUGAUGGCGAUGCCGUGCUUUUCUCAGACGAGUCAGAGAUCAUCGUGAAACAACAAGGACUCGAUGAGUUCUUUGAGCAUGAGAAGGCAAACGUGAACACACCACUUGCUCAGGGUCCUCUGAAGUGUUUCCUGGAAGCGUUGGGGAAACUGCAGAGGAAGUUCUACGCUAAGAACGAGCGGAUGAACUGCCCGAUCCGUACGUUCCUAGUGACGGCGCGCAGUGCGGCGAGUUCGGGAGCACGAGUUUUAAAAACUCUGCGCAGCUGGGGACUGGAGAUCGAUGAGGCACUGUUCCUCGCUGGAGCUCCCAAAGGUCCUCUCCUGGAGAAGAUCAAACCACACAUCUUCUUCGACGAUCAGAUGUUCCACAUCGAGGGAGCCACGGAGACCGGCACCAUCUCUGCACAUGUGCCUUAUGGGAUUGGACAGAAAUAUCACAAAGGAAAACUGAUCGAGCAGCCGGAAAAACAGAAAUGAGAGGGUGAGAAUGCUGAGUUUCAGGAUCAGAGGGGUACAGUCUGAUACUCAGUUACACCAUGAUGUUUAAAAAUCUGAUCUUUUAUUUGAACAGAAAUCUGAUUAAUCUGAGUUUAGGAGAGGAAAACCUCUGAGUGUUACACAAACACUCUCCUGAGAUUAAACAGUUCUGAAUGGUUAAGGUUAGAGUAAGGGGUGGAGUUAGGAUGUGGGAGGAGUUAGGGUGAGGAGCUUUACUUAUGUUUACUUACAUUUUAUCUCCUUGAUAUUAAACACAUACACAUAUAUAUACAUUAAACACAUAGACACAUAUAUAUACACACACACACACACACAGUGGAAUUUGGUUUUAUCAGGUGGGAGUGCGGUUAUGGUGAGGGGUGUGUUUAUCAUGCGAGGGUGGUUCAGAUAUGGGUGGGGUUAAGUCAAGGGGUGUGGUUAGGAUGGAGGUGGAGUUAGGAUGUUAUAUAUAUUUAUAUAUACAGCUGUCUGCCUCACAGGAAAAACAUCAGAGGUGUUUUCUAAUGUAAUCUUAACAAUUUGGAUAUUGACAAUAACUAAGUGUUGGUUAAUUUGGUUUAAUAAAACGUUUAAUAUCGCUGCCUGCGCUCUAAUGCUGAAAAUAUUUAAACAGGUUUAUUUUAUUUGACAGUUUCUGUGAUUAUUAUGGUCUGUAUUUUUGAGGUUGAGGUUCUCAGUUCUGUUUACUCGCUAUGAUAGUUUAUAAGGUAAUAAAAGUGGAUUUUUAUGAAAUAAUAUGGUAUAUUUAUAGGCAGUAUAUGGGGUCUCCUCUGUAGUGUUUUAUAAGUGGCAGCUGCAGUUUUUAGUUCAAUAGGAAAUAUUUAUACACGGUAUAACAGAAACCUUUUG